CCGACCCAGCUGCGCUGGAGGCGGCGGCGGCGGCGGCGGCGGCCGCAAAGCGGGAAUGCGCGCAAAGCAGGAGGAAGUGGGAGCCGCUGCAACCCUCCGGCCCGAGCUGUCAACCCGGUCGCCGCAGCAGCGGAGGAAGAAGAGGAGGAGGAGGAAGGAGAAGCAGCAGCAGCAGCAACGGCCGGGUUGCAGCUGGAGCUGCAGGGCGCUGCCUCCUUGCAUGGAGCCCACCGGGCGGGCGAGCCUUCCCGCCGGCCGCUCAGCCCCGGCUAGGGGGUCCCGCUAGUCCCCGGAGGAGGAAGAGGAGGAGGAGGAGGCACCUGGCCCGUCCUGGCUGGAGCCGGAGGAGAGGCUGCCCAGCCAAGGGGCCCUGCCGGAGGGCCGCCUCCACCCACCCAGCCACCCCGCCCGUGAGAAGCGAUGCCCGGCCGCGCAGGAAAUGCCCGCCUUCGUUGUUGUUGUUGUGGUCGUUUAAGAGGCCUCCAGUGAAGGUCUCCUGGCUCGCCUUCCCGACCGGAUCAGAAGGCUGCCGGAUUUCAAAAUGCUCAUAAAAGAAUAUCGGAUUCCUCUCCCCAUGAGCGUUGAGGAAUAUCGGAUUGCCCAGCUGUACAUGAUCCAGAAAAAGAGCCGGGAAGAAACUUAUGGCGAAGGCAGUGGCGUGGAGAUUUUGGAAAACCGGCCGUAUAUCGAUGGCCCAGGUGGCGAUGGGCAGUACACCCAUAAAGUAUACCAUAUUGGUAUGCAUAUUCCCAGCUGGUUUCGAUCGAUACUUCCAAAGGCGGCCCUCCGAGUCGAAGAGGAAUCCUGGAAUGCAUAUCCUUAUACUAGGACGAGGUACACCUGCCCGUUUGUGGAGAAAUUCUCCAUCGAUAUCGAAACCUAUUAUAUACCUGACUCAGGAGAGCAAGCCAACGUCUUCAACCUUUCCCCAGCAGAGAAAAGGCAAACCGUUCUGGAUCCUAUCGAUAUCGUGAAGGAUCCCGUCCCACCCCACGAAUACAAAUCAGAGGAGGACCCAAAGGUCUUUAAAUCGGCCAAGACAGCCAGGGGCCCCCUGGCCGACGACUGGAUCCAAGAGCACCAGAAUAACCCCGGUAGAAAUCCCGUCAUGUGUGCCUAUAAACUCUGCAAGGUGGAGUUCCGUUACUGGGGGAUGCAGUCGAAAAUCGAACGUUUCAUCCACGACGUCGGUUUACGGAAAGUGAUGGUAAGGGCUCAUCGGCAGGCUUGGUGUUGGCAGGACGAAUGGUACGGACUCACCAUAGAGGACAUCCGGCGGCUGGAGAAGGAGGCCCAGCUGAUGCUGGCUCGGAAGAUGGCGCAGUUCAGCAUCAACGAGCCUGAUCUAGAACCGCACCUUCCUCAAGACCCCCUGAACGAGGAAUCCAAGGCCAUCCUUCCAUCCACCGAAAGGGUGGAUGCCACCAGCAAUACUGAGGAACCUUUGCCGAGACGAGGGCUGACCAAGCAGUGGUCGACGUCUUCCAAAUCCUCUUCCAAAAGGGGAGCAAGCCCCUCGCACCACACCAUCUCCGAGUGGAGGAUGCAAAGCAUCGCCCGGGACUCGGAGGAGAGCUCCGACGAGGAAUUCUUCGAUGCGCACGAGGAUAUCUCUGAGAACGAAGAGGUGUUCCCGAAAGAGAUUACAAAAUGGAGUUCCAACGAUCUCAUGGAUAAAAUUGAAACGGCAGAAACGGACGAAGUCCCAGAUGAUCCAACUCUCGAAUCGGCUGCGGGAUACCAUGUCAGCUGCAGCAUCGAAAGACUAAGCAUUAUUGAGGAUGAAGCAGCACCUCCACUGGCGCAACCCAGCCAAAUCCAUGUCCUCCUUUUGGUCCUCCACGGAGGCAACAUCCUGGAUACGGGAAGCGGGGAGCAGAGCUCCAAGCAGGCGGACGUCAACACCAUCGCCACCGCCUUCGAUACAGUCAUCAGGGUCCAUUACCCGGCCACCCUCGGUCGGAUAGCCAUCAAACUGGUCCCUUGUCCGGCCAUCUGCUCGGAAGCAUUUUCUCUGGUCUCCAACCUCAGCCCGUAUAGUUACGACGAAGGCUGCCUCUGCAGUAGCCAGGAUCACAUCCCCCUCGCCGCGCUUCCUCUCCUGGCCACGUCCUCCCCGCAGUACCAAGAGGCGGUUGCCACGGUGAUCCUGAGAGCCAAUCAGGUGUACGGCGACUUCAUCAAGUCCCAAGAAGGUGCAUCCUUCAACGGCCAGGUGUGCCUGAUUGGGGACUGCGUGGGAGGGAUCCUGGCCUUCGACGCCCUUUGUUACAGCAACCAGACCAUGCCGGAAAGUCAAAACAGUAGCCGGCGCGGGAGUGUCGUCAGCGUGCAGGACACGGAUCUCUUGUCUCCCGGCAUCCUGGUGAACAACAGCUACUGCUCGGAAGGCUGUGGGUUGGAAGGCAGCCGGCAUCUCAGCCGGAGCACAGCCGACCUGCCGCGCAGCCACGAGGAAGAUCCCCAGAAGCAGCAGCUGCUGCGGAAAAGGAGCGAUUCGUCCACCUUCGAGUUGGACACCCUGAAGCAGCACCAGGCGUUCCUGUCCAGUUUACAUUGUAGUGCCCUGAAGAACUUUCCGGGAUCGCGGCGAUCGAGUAGCUCCACUCAACUGGACGGUGGGAAUCUUGGCAAAUUUGAGUUUGAGAUCACCGACUUCUUCCUCUUUGGCUGUCCCCUGGGGCUGGUCCUUGCCUUACGGAAAACCAUCAUACCGAAUCUUGACAUCUUCCAGUUGAGACCAGCCUGCCAGCAAGUUUACAACCUCUUCCACCCGGCUGAUCCUUCGGCCUCUCGCUUGGAGCCUCUUCUAGAGCAGAAGUUCCAUAUUUUACCGCCCUUCAACAUUCCACGUUACCAGCGGUUCCCGCUUGGCGAUGGCAAUUCAGCCCUCCUGGUGGAAACAAUCCAGAACAACCCUGCCCUCCUCCUCGUUGAAAGCAACCUUCUGGUUGCUCUUCAGAACCAGGACAACUUCAUGGAAACCAGUAUCCCUGUUCCCACCUUGAACUGGCAAGACGUUUCCAAUAAACAUUCUGGAUUUGCUGAGUCCGAUGUUGUUCAGUCUCAUGGUGGCGUCUUGGUGGAAAACACGUCCCCGUCUGCUCCCGUUUCCGCCCCCCAGUUCAGGGCCUUCCGGAGAGCAAGUGAAGUGAGCACUGUCAGCCAGGUAUCCGGAAUGGCGGAUAGUUACACUGCUUCCAACAUAGCCAACAAGAAAAAACACCACCUCAAUCACUCCAGAGGUUUUAGCCUUCUGGCGCUCCUAGCGCUCCCCCACAAGCCCCACAUCCAGGCCUUCCCCCAGAGGACUAGGGGGCUCGAGCCCGAAAGAUCCCCGAAUCCUUUAGGACGAAGGUUUGAGAGCUCCCUCCACGGGGAAACGGAGGCCGUUCGCCUGAUUCCAGAUCUUGACGUCCACAAAGUCGCGGCCAAGUGGUGGGGAACCAAGAGGAUUGACUACGCUCUCUACUGCCCGGAUGCGCUGACCGCCUUCCCCACAGUUGCCUUACCACACCUCUUUCACGCCAGUUACUGGGAAUCCACAGACGUGGUCUCCUUCCUCCUCCGACAGGUGAUGCGUCAUGACAACGGCAGCGUUCUUGAAGUGGACGGGAAAGAGGUCUCCAUCUUCACGCCUUCCAAACCCAGGGAGAAAUGGCUCCGUAAACGGACUCAUGUCAAGCUACGGAACGUCACCGCCAAUCACCGAAUCAACGACGCCGUAGCCAACGAGGAACGGCCCCAGGUGUUGAACGGGAGGUUCAUGUACGGCCCAUUGGACAUGGUCACGCUCACGGGGGAGAAGGUGGACAUUCAUAUCAUGACUCAGCCCCCCUCAGGAGAAUGGGUUUAUUUUGACACAGAGAUCACCAACGGCAGCGGACGGGUUUCCUACACGAUUCCCGAGCAGAGACGGCUGGGGAUCGGGGUCUACCCUGUCAAAAUGGUGGUGAGGGGUGAUCACACAUAUGCAGAUAGCUACAUAACUGUUUUACCACGGGGGACCGAAUUCGUGGUCUUCAGCAUCGACGGUUCCUUCGCGGCCAGCGUCUCCAUCAUGGGCAGUGACCCCAAAGUCAGGGCUGGAGCAGUUGACGUCGUACGGCACUGGCAAGAGCUUGGCUACCUCAUUAUCUACGUCACGGGCCGGCCCGACAUGCAGAAGCAGAGAGUGGUCGCCUGGUUAGCACAGCACAACUUCCCCCACGGGAUUGUCUCCUUCUGCGAUGGGCUGGUUCAUGAUCCCUUGAGGCACAAAGCCAACUUCCUGAAGUCUCUAGUCACAGACCUGGACAUGAAGAUCCAUGCGGCCUAUGGCUCCACCAAGGAUGUCUCCGUCUACACGUCCAUCAACCUGUCCCCUCCACAGAUCUACAUUGUCGGGCGAUCUACCAAAAAGUUACAGAACCAAUGCCAAUUCAUCACAGAAGGCUACGCGUCCCAUCUGGCCCAGCUGGAGUACACCCAUCGUUCCCGGCCUGCCAAGAAUACCACGCGAAUGGCUCUCCGGAAAGGCAGCUUCGGACUCCCGGGCCAAACCGAAUUCCUCCGCAAGAGGAACCACCUGUUGCGAACCAUCUCCUCUCAGCCCACCGUGUCCGCUGGCCAGAGUGCCUGUUACCGUCCAGAGCGGACGCAAAGCCACUCCGAAAGUGACCGGGAAAAGGACCGAGAACGCAGCCAACGGAGCAUGAGUCUCGCCACGGGCUGCUGGGGCCGAACCACGCUCCCAAAGCUCGAACCGGGGAACCUGGGUCAGAAGUAGAGGUGUCCGAGGCACAAUGAUGGCCGGCUGCACUUGCCCGGGUGGCAGAAGCAGGGGCCCACAGCAAGGCCAGCAGUCUGGGGCUCAUGGGCAAAUAUGGUGCUACUCAUUGCCGGUGGGGCGGCAGUGACCGGGCCGGGAGCAACCGAGCGAUUUGGGUUUCCUUCCCCCACCCACCCCCACAAAACAUGCAGGCCUGGACAGUGGCAGGAAUAUUGGGUACGCGGAACGCAACCGGGUGGGCCACGAACAGGAAUCUCCUUUUGCUACCGAGACGUCAAGCUGCCUCAUCUUCAAGAUCCACCGUUUUCCGGCUCUUAUCCAGGGUUAGAGACUGUAAAUAUGUGCCUGUCCAGAUUCUUCUCAGCCAUCCGUCAAAGACGAGAAGACACACAGUCGAAGAAAACACACCGGUACCGUUGGGAGCAGCAGCAGCAGAAGAAGAAGAAGACGAUGACCAGGUUGUGGGUAGGAGAGCCGUGUGUUUACGUAGGCUGGCCCAGGGACCCGGACACGACAAAGGGGACACCGUCAACUAUCACUGCUUUACAAUCGCAACGCCACUUGAUUCGUUCAUGGAGUCUGGAAGGACUCGGGACCCACAAAAAGAAGCCACAGCUCCAGGGCCGAGUCACGUUGAACGGCUUCCACUCAGCAACAUAAAGCUACGUGUGCGAUGCGCACACCAUUGGAUAGGUGGUUUAUUGAGGCUGGUUCUAAUUAAAGGAUUAAAAAAAAACAAGUAACAGUUUGGAAGUUGACGGAUUGCACUAAUUCAGGGGGGGGAAAAAAGAGUUCCUGCUCCUUCAGAGGGAAGGGAGCCCGAUUUGGGCACAACCUGCAGAAAGCAGUACCUGCCAUACGAUUCGGAGCACCUGGGAAGUGGCGAUAUUUGCUCAGCCUGAAAACCGAAAAUAAAAAAGAAGCUACAUCCAAAUUCUUCCCAGCCCUUUUCAGAUUGUUGUUGUUGUUGUUAUUUAUUUAUUCUCCUCCACCCCUUUGCCGUUAAGACUGGAACCGUUUCUCGUUUUUCCAAUGUUAUAGUAUCGGCUUUCGGCGGAGGUUGUAAACUGGUUUUCUUUUUAAACUGUAGGUACAUCGCAGCUGCACACCUCACGGUUUUUAGAUUUUGCACUGAGAAACUUUUAGGAAGGUUUUUUUUUCCCCCCUCAAACGACUCCUUCUGGAGUUAUAGCGCGUGAUGUUAAAAUGUUGUUAAGCCACAGCACAUCUGUCUGUACUUAACAGAUGCACAACGAAGGGGAGAGAUUUUCCCGACCCAUUCACCCUUGUCGAUAUUUCAGGAAGAUUUUUUUAUAAAGGUUCAAACUAGCCGUUCGAACCACCUUGUAGACCCGUCAACCUGACAAGGGAAGUUAGGAAGGGGGUGGGGGGGAAAGGCAGGGUUUUUUUUUUUCCCGCCUGGAAGAGAUUUGAUGCUGAAAAAUAGAGGAUCUCUGAGCAGGAGUGGAUUUGUAAUACAGGGGGUCCUUGGCUUGCAACCGUUCGUUUAGUAACGGUUCGAAAUUACGACAGCACUGGAAAAAAUGGGACUUACGGCCGUAGCUCAUAGUUACGAACCAUCGUAGUAUGCCUGUCAUCACAUGAUCAAAAUUCACCUGCUUGGCAGCCGGUUCGUAUCUAUGAUGGCCGCAGUGUCCCCAGGUCACGAGAUCCCCUUUGGCUACCUUCCGAUGAGCAAAGCCAACGGGGAAUCCCGAUUCAUUUAACAAACCAUCGGAAUAACAACUACAGUGAUUCACUUAACAACGGCAAAAAUGGGGCAAAGC